AUGAUUACAGUUUUGGACGUUAUAUGUCUUCUAUGGACAUACCAUAUAAGUGGGACUCCUCAAAAAAGAACGACAUUCCAAGACCAGACUGCAUAUCUGAUGAAGAUGUUGAAGCUUCAUGGUUUCGAGGAUGGAGAUAAAUGUGUUGGCCCAUCUUACCACAUACUAACGAAACCAAUGAAAGCGCUGAUAUACGAAAACAAUAACCUAGCAGCAGAGUCAAGGGUGAAAAUGAUACUGGCAUUGCAGUGGUGCCUUUCGAAUGUUGUCCUAACUAAGAAAGAAUCUAAGAGAUGCAGCCAGCCUUGGGACAAUUGCCCCGAGUUGCUAUCUUGGAAAGCACCACACAGACAAAAGAAACCUCAAAGACACCAUGUCGUUUUUAUACUUUCAGAAAAUCAGAUUAUCAGACAAGACGGUGAUGUCUCAUGUGUCAUGUGUCAACGGGAAUAUAAUAAAUCGCAAGGGUAUCGCAAUAAUCAUCCCAUAUUAGCUGAAAAAGUCAAAAGUGAACCCAAUUGUCAUCUCUUGGACUUGAACUCUUCAAAGAUAUGA